AUGCUGUCGCGGAAGGGAUCGGACGGCGCUGCAGAUGAGAUACGUCUAAGCGGGGCCAGUGUAGUAAGCGGAAUAUCGCCGUCCGCCUCGGCCUCCCACGUCGAAGCUCUGGCUGUAUUCGACGCGGAUCUAGAUAGAGCGAGCAAGGACGUCGUGGAGGAGAUGACGACGUACGAGGAGAAAUUUCUCAAGGAGAUUGAGAAGGAGGCCGGGAACAUUCUGCAUUCGUUCUUGAAUCGCUGA